AUGGCUUCCAACUACGCGGACACCACAGGGGAGGAGGGAAGGUUCCACAGCCACGACCACGGCCACCACAGCAACAACACCACGCCGACCGGCGAGGCGGCGUCGCCCAAGAAUGCGCGGAGGAGGUGGCCCGGGUCGGCGUCGGCGCCGUCCGGCGCGCGCCACGGGCCCGCUUCGAAGUGCGUCUGCGCGCCGGCCAUCCACGCCGGGUCCUUCAAGUGCCGCUUCCACCGCACCAACUCACAGGGCCACGGCCACGGCCAGGGCCAGGGAAGCCGCCCUUCUUCGCCCCCUUCACCGGCCGCGGCCAACGCGGUGCCGCGGCACCCGGCCUCGCCGUCCUCGUCCUCCGGCACCGUCGCGACCCAGUGACGCAGCCCAAGCAUCGGCCUCGAGAAUCAAGAACGCUCG